CAUUAUUCUCACAAUGCAAACAUGAAGAUUCUGAAGGGUUCUUUUCUGAACUGCUCAGCCUGCCGAACCAGGUGGCUCCGCAUCAAUUCUGAAGCUCUCCAUAGACGACACUCCGCGAGACGUAGCUAUGCGCGACCCGCCUUUGCGCCGAAACCCGCUAUUGACUUAAAGCACAUCCGACAAAAUCCAGGUUUGUACUCGCAAAACUGCAUAGACCGCAACUAUGCCGCCCACAGUCAGACGCCCUGGAAAAUAAUUGAGCUCCAUGAGCAAUGGCUCGCUCUGCAGCACAGCGCUCGCAGUCUCCGUGAACGGAACAAUGAGCUACGAAGAAAGUUGGCCCAUGCAGCAUCGCGGAGUGGGGAUGCAGAAGGAGAUAUCCAUCAAACGCAAGGCAAAGAGACCGUAAUCAAUGAAGCGAAAACUUUGAAGGCUGAGUUGAAUGUUGUCGAAGAGCGAGAGGCUUCGCUGCAAGAGGAGAUGGAGAGCCUCGCCCAGGAUUUGCCCAAUUUGAGCAGCACCCACACCCCUGUUGGUUACACGCCUGAAGUGGUUGAGUAUAUAAACGACCACCCCGAGCCCGAGCCUUCAAAAUCUGACCGCGUCUGGAGGUCUCAUGUCCACAUAGGUUCCGAACUCGGGUUGAUUGAUUUUGGAGGUGCAGCACAAACUUCCGGAUGGGGUUGGUACUUUCUCCUGAACGACGGUGCAAUGCUCGAACAGGCGCUGGUGCAAUACGCGCUUAGCGUCGCAAAAAAAAGGGGGUGGAGAGUGGUAGCACCGCCGUCGAUCGUCUAUUCACAUAUUGCGGCCGCUUGCGGAUUCCAGCCAAGAGACCAGAAUGGAGAGCAGCAAGUUUAUACUAUCGAGCAGGCAGACAAGGAUAGAGCCAAGCCGUCUCUAGCAUUAGCAGGAACAGCGGAGAUUCCCCUUGCGGGAAUGAAAGCAAACCAGACAUUCGAGGACGUGGAACUGCCACUGAAGACUGUCGGAGUAAGCAGGUGCUAUCGGGCAGAAGCUGGAGCUCGAGGGGUCGACACAAAGGGUUUAUAUCGCGUUCACGAAUUCACCAAGGUCGAAAUGUUCGCCUGGACCCUCCCAGACAAUGUCGAGGAGGAGUAUUUUGUCACUCCUGCCGAAUCUACUUCGGAGUCUAUUUUCGAUGAGAUGCUGUCCAUACAGAAAGAGAUCUUACAAAACCUGGGACUACAUUGCCGUGUUUUGGAGAUGCCUACCACAGAUCUGGGGGCGAGCGCCACAAGAAAACGAGACAUUGAAGCUUUCUUCCCGUCGCGGAGGGAAAAGGACGAUGGGUGGGGUGAAGUCACAUCAACCUCAAUGUGCACGGAUUACCAGAGUCGACGACUCCAUACUCGGGUGCGCCUCGACAAGGCUAAUCGAAAGCUCGACUUCCCUUAUACGCUGAACGGUACUGCCCUUGCCGUACCAAGAGUGCUAGCCGGUAUUUUGGAAAAUCACUGGAACGAACAUGACUAUACAGUGACGAUCCCGGAGGUGUUGCGGCCGUGGAUGGGCGGGGCGGACAAAAUCCAGGGUGACCAUCACAAGCACGGGACGGGGAGUUACUAAAAGCUGAAGUAACAUUUGCGAUAUUCGGAAACUUUGGAUAUAUGCUUA